UUCACCAAUUUUUCUAAAAAAUAAUAUAUACAUUUCAAUGUCGACACCGUUGGUGUUGAGGACGACGACUACGACGGCAUCGGCUAAGGAUCACCACUCGACACAAGUGUUACGCAAAAGCUUGCUCUGUGUGUUCAAUAUGUUUUUGGUACCGUUGCUGCCGUUUGUGGCCACAAUGGGUGCCGGCUUUCAGUGGCCAAUACAACGGUUUCUGAAUUUUUCCGGCGAUAUACUGCUUGGGGCUAUGUUUCCCAUUCAUGAGCGACACCAGCGCUGGGAGUGCGGCCGACUUCAGGAUGAAGGAUUACAACAAUUAGAGGCAUUAAUAUACACAAUCAAAAAGAUUAACUCCGAUAAAAAGCUAUUGCCGGGCAUCAAACUGGGUCUAUUGGCACUGGACUCGUGCGAUAGUACUGCCUAUGCUUUAGAGCAAACCAUGGAUUUUAUCAAGGGUUUUAUUGCACGUAAAAACGCACACUUAGUGGACAAGGAGUUCUCCUGUAUGGACGGUUCGCUACCAAAGUUUCGCGAAGGCAGCUACGAUCGGGUGGUCGGCGUUAUCGGUGGCCAAUCAAGUACCGUAAGCAUACAGUUGGCCAACUUGUUGCGGCUGUUCAAAGUGCCGCAAAUUAGCUACCAGUCCACUAGUACGACACUAUCGAACAAACAAAAAUAUGAAUACUUUUUUCGUACCGUUCCCUCUGAUGUCAAUCAAGUGCAGGCCAUACUCGAGAUACUCAAGACAUUCCGCUGGACAUACGUAUCGGUUGUCUAUUCGGACACUGAUUACGGCAAUAAAGGCUACGAUUUGCUACAGGAGUUAGCCUACUAUCACAAUAUAUGCUUUUCCAGUCCACAGGCCAUCAAUGUUGACCACUUUGCCGACGCCGACUAUGAUAAUGUUAUCAAAAAUUUGAUGCAUAAAAUCAAUGCUAGAGUGGUAGUAGUAUUUACCGACAAAAACACGGCCCGCAACAUAAUGGCGGCCGCCAAACGUCGAAACGCUAUCAAUCGGUUCAUAUGGAUCGGCAGCGAGGCCUGGGCCUGUCGGGAUUCGGUAGUCAAAAAUCUUGAGCACGUAGUCGAGGGUGCCAUCACUGUUACGCCAUUGGUCCGGCCGAUAGACGGCUUUACCGAAUACUUUACCAAUUUGACGCCAAACAACAACAAUCAACUGAAUCCGUGGUUCAACGAGUUCUGGGAGGAACACUUCAAAUGUAAAUUACCACAGUUUCAGACAACACCGUUCAACGAACCCUAUCCGCACUGGUGUUCGCAGACCCGGUCCAUAUCGCCUGACUUUCGUCAGACACCUUCACUGCAUUUUGUUAGGGACGCGGCCUAUGCUUUUGCCUACGCUCUCGACGAUAUGCACAAAGACAAGUGUGGCUCAGAUGCCGACGGUCUGUGUCCGCAAAUGAUGGACAUCGACGGCGCCGAUCUCAAAAAGUAUGUCGAAAAAGUCAACUUCAAAGAUGAAAGCGGCAAAACAUUCCGAUUCCUGCCCAGUGGUGAUGCCCCUCCACGGUAUAGUGUCAUCAAUUUUCAGCGCCUACCUAAUGGCUCGUUUGAAUGGAGACCAGUGGGCACCUAUAUGCUGGCCAAUGAUGGUGAUGUGGCCCGACUUGAGUUGGACAUCAAUGCCAUGCGUUUCAAGCACGACCAACCCCACUUUCCCCGAUCGUUUUGCAGCGAACCGUGUCGGUCGGGUCAGGCCAAACUACAGCUUGAGGGCGACACGUGCUGCUGGCUCUGUACUAACUGUUCAACAUAUCAAUACCUGGCCGAUGAAUACCAUUGCGAGGACUGUCCGUUAGGAACAUUACCGUCAAACAGUAAGACCCGAUGUCUGUCCAUAGAAGAAGCCUACCUGAGCUACACGGACUGGUGGGCCAUAGGUAUCAUGGCGUUUGCCAUACUGGGUAUGACAAUCACGGCGUUUAUUAUACUAGUGUUUUGGUUGUACAGUUCGACUCCCAUUAUCAAAGCGGCCGGCCGUGAGCUCAGUUAUCUACUAUUGGCCGGCAUAUUGCUAUCGUUUAGCAUGACAUUUGUGAUUGUAUCGAAACCCAGCGCCUGGACCUGUGGUUUGACCAGAUUUUUUCUCGGCUUUUGCUAUACUAUCUGCUAUUCGGCUAUUGUCACAAAAACCAACCGAAUUCAUCGUAUAUUUAAGAGGCGCCGUUCGUGUACUAAACCAAAAUAUACAUCACCGCAGUCCCAGCUAAUCAUUACUGGACUAUUGAUAUCGAUUGAAGUGAUGGUAAACGCUUGUUGGCUAUUCUACGACAAACCGGACGUCACGCAUGUCUACCCGAGCCGCGAGGCCAACGUACUCAUAUGUCUCGGAUCGGACAACACAUCCUAUCUCGUGGGACUUGUUUAUCCAUCCAUUUUGAUCGGAUUCUGUACAGUGUAUGCGUUCAAAACCCGCAAAUGUCCCGAAGGUUUCAAUGAGGCCCGAUAUCUGACAUUCACAAACUAUACCACUUGUGUCAUAUGGUUGGCAUUUCUGCCGUUGUUCGUGUUGAGCACCAGUACUGUCAUCCGAUCGGUUACAUUGAGUUUCCUGUUAAGCCUGAGCGGCGCCGUACAGAUUGCCUGUCUAUUUGUGCCCAAAGUAUAUAUUGCACUAUUGAAACCUGAGAAAAAUACCAAAGAAAAUGUUAUGUGCUGUCAUUCACAACAAUUCAACCGAAAUCGGGCCACAAAUUAUACGCAAACAUCGGUUUCGUCGGCUGCCGGAGCCAACAAUGUUGCCAAAGGUAUGGCCACUCAAGCAGGCAAUCCACAAGUUUUAGUUAACGGAGAUUGUAUGCAAAAAAUAAAAUCUGUACAACAAUUGGCAUCAAAAACAGCAGUCAGUGCUCUAACCCAUACAUCAAGCACUGUGUCACUGACCAGUAGUCCAACCAUACCAACCAUUGUCAAUGCCAUUAACAAUGUCGACACCAACCAUAGUAUUAGUAGUAGUAGUAGUGUCUGUCAGCUGCCAAAUGGCGACCAAUUGACCGCAUCAUUGAAGCCUAGA